AUGGAGAAGGCUGGGGUUCACUUGAAGGAUGGGGCCAAGAAGGUCAUCAUUUCUGCUUCUUCUGCUGAUGCUCCCAUGUUUGUGAUGGGUGUGAGCCAUGAGAAGUAUGACAACUCCCUCAAGAUUGUCAGCAAUGCGUCCUGCAUCACCAACUACUUGGCUCCUCUGGCCAAGGUCAUCCAUGACAACUUCAGCAUCAUGGAGGGACUCAGGACCACUGUCCAUGCCAUCACUGCCACCCAGAAGACCAUGGACAACCACUCUGGGAAGCUGUGGCAUAAUGGCCAAGGGGCUGCCCAGAACAUCAUCCUUGCCUCCACUGGUGCUGCCAAGGCUGUGGGCAAGGUCAUCCCUGAGCUGAAUGGGAAGCCCAUUGGCAGGGGCUUCCAUGUCCCCACCUUCAAUGUGUCAGUCAUGGAUCUGACCUGCCACCUGGAGAAAGCUGCCAAAUAUGAUGGCAUCAAGAUGGUGGUGAAGCAGGCAUCAGGGGGCCCCCUCAAGACAUCCUGGGGUACACUGAGGACCAGGGCUGGAAUUACCCUCAAUGACAACUGUGUCAAGCUCAUUUCCUGGUAUGACAGUGAAUUCAGCUAUAGCAACCAGGUGGUGGACCACACGGCCUCCAAGGAGUAA